AUGAGCCGUAAUAUUCAAUACGUCUUAACCGCGGAGUUCCACAUCGACAAGGGUCCCUCCAUACUCCAUCAGUACCCCACUUCAUUGCCUGGCUAUGAACAAGGCGGCCUCCCAUAUUUGGCAGAAUUGAUGCUUCCUGACCAAAUCCACAAAAGAGAAGAAGACUACACGCUCUUCUUGCUUUACAAGAAUAAAAAGACGUCGCAAUUUCAAUACAUUUACGACCAAAAGCACUGCGAAGACUCGCCGUACUUCCUCUACACUAUUGUGAACAACAAGAAUGAUAAGACUGUGAGAAGAGGUGCCAUAAUAAAGUCGCUUUCGAUCAUAACUAAGUUGAAGUACUUCCCCAGUUUCAAGCCGUUAUUGUUGAUAGCGUUGGAUAGCUAUUUCGACACUAGCAACACUAUGGUGUUGAGGCAGUUGUACGAAAGUGUGAAUGUUAAGAAUUUAAGUAUAACUGGCACGAAGAACACCGGAGGCAAUAAGGACAUAAGCUUGAUCAAGAAGUUUUUGAUCACAUCUAUUUUGGACUUGCCGAUCAAUGACACUGUAUACCAUGAUGAAUAUUUCAGAAAUAAGCUCUUGGGGUUCGAUGUAGAUACUAAUGGGAAGGGCAAUACCAGCAGCAACAAUAAUAACCAUUCCAAGACAAAGGGCAAAGGGGGAGCUACACAGGCUGGUGCCCCUCCACAAGGUGCAUCCACUACGAAUAAAGAUCUCUUCAUCAGGAAGGACUUAUCGUUUAACGCAAUCGUGAACUUCCUUAAUUAUAAUAUACCGAUCAAAAUCCCCUUAAUUGAACUCCCAGACACUAUUGGAGAUUACCUUAAUCCUACAGAUAUUAACUUUAAACCAAACUUAAUGAACUUACUCAAUGCAUCAUUAGCGACUGAUGUAAAGAAUAACGAUUUGACCAUUUAUGGCUUGCAAACACCACCUAUAAUAAUUCUUAUUAAUGCUUUGCUCACAGGGAAGAAGAUUUUGUUCCUUGGAUAUGAAAAGUCUUCUUCUUGUAUCAUUGACUACAUUUUACUCACGUUGAAAAUCAUAUCUGGUGGUGGGAUAUUGAGCGGGUUUUUGACCAAUUUCAAUGUUUUCCCUAUGAUUGACGUCUCGAAGAUUGAUAUCUUGGAACUGUGCGACUCUUAUUUGGCUGGAACAAUCAACCCCUUCUUUAAAAACAACGACAAUUGGUGGGAUUUACUUUAUGACUUAGAUACUAAUGAAUUUCAUAUUCUGAAGUCGAGAUCGGAGGACGACGAGCUGUCUAAUGCUUCAUCCUACAUGAACAGUUUGAAAGUACCGAUCAUUUCAGAGGAUGCAAAGUUUUUAUCCAAUUUGCAAUUAUCAAUUUACAACUAUCAUGAUGACUUGACCACAAUUCAGUUGAUUUUCAGAAGGCACAUUAAUGAAAUCAUUAGGAUAUUAAUAUCCUCGAAAAAUUUCAAUUCUGCCAAUUUUCUACCUAUUUCAGAACUGAAUGGAUCAAGUUUACAGGAAAAUAUACUAAAAUCGACUUUAUUACUUGACGGAAUUGGGUACUACUGGUCAAGUGAUACCACGAAAUUAUUGGAAAUGUCCUGUUAUCAAUCCAUUUCGAAGAAAUUUCAAGAUUUACUCUAUAGCGGCAAAUUAAUUUAUAACCUUUCCUUGCCUAACCUAUCCAACGAGUUAAACUUGAUGAUUGAUUUACAAUAUCACUUGCAGUCGUUAAUAACCAGUACGACGAAAUUAAAUGAGAGAGAAGUGUGGUUUAAUAUAUUGAAAUAUUUAAUUAGUGGACAAUCAUUGGAAACCUUCCUAUUAAUCACCUAUUUGAUUCCUCCUCUGUCAUCAUCGUCGUCGCUGCUGUCGCUGGCAGGAAAUAUCACCACAUUUGAUAAAAAUAAAGGAUUUGAGUUGCUUUUGAUCAACUUGUUUAAUAAGGAUGACCAGGUUAAGAGCAAUAUCGUCAUGAUCUUACAGGAACUCCAGGAUAACUUCUUAUGUGGAUGGUGUUUGGGAAAUUUCAUUAAAUCGAAUUUGAUAUAUGAAAUGGCCUUUACCGAGUUGGUAAAUGAAUAA